AUUGUCGUUGUGGGGAACAGGAAGUUCCGGGUAGAAAACGACAGAACUGUGCUUGUAUGUCGAUAGGGGUUGUGUCCGUUUCAAAUGUAUUAUUGUAGGCCGACUCAGAUCAAGUCUGAGGCCGGUAACAUCAACAGUGAGGACAAACCCAGCCUGCCUCUCUCCUUCCACACUGAGUCAAAACCUACAGUCACUGGGUCCUGAUUGUGACAGUGGAGCCCAGUUUGCACUGCAGGAUCCAGAGAUGUCAUCAGUGAAGCUGGAAGACUGCAGUCAAACACUGGAGCUGAAUGUCAACAUUAAAGAUGAAGAAGAGGAGGAGAAGAUUAGGACAACUGUUAAUCAUGGACGACUUGAAUUAAGUCUGAGGCCUGUAACAUCAACAGUGAGGACAGACCCAGCCUGCCACUCUCCUUCCACACUGAGUCCAAACCUACAGUCACUGGGUCCUGAUUGUGACAGUGGAGCCCAGUUAGCACUGCAGGAUCCAGAGAUGGCAUCAGUGAAGCUGGAAGACUGCAGUCAAACACUGGAGCUGAAUGUCAACAUUAAAGAUGAAGAAGAGGAGGAGAAGAUUGGGACAUCUAUUUCUCAUGGAGACCGUGUUGAGACAUUCUCUGCAUCCAGACAACAACAGCAGGAAGAUCACAGAGCUAAGAGGUCUCACCACUGCCCACAUUGUGUGGAGAUUUUCCCAUUUCUAUCAAAGCUAAAAAUACACCUAAAAAUACACACAGGAGAGAAGCCUUACUCCUGCUCUGACUGUGGGGUGAGUUUCUCUCGACUGGAUACCUUAAAAACACACCAACGUAUACAUACAGGAGAGAAGCCUUACUACUGCUCUGACUGUGGGGAGAGAUUCUCUCAAAUGAGCAGCUUAAAAGCACACCAACAAGUACAUACAGGAGAGAAGCCUUACUCCUGCUCUGAUUGUGGGAAGAGUUUCUCCCGAUCGGAUACCUUGAAAUCACAUGAACGUAUACAUACAGGAGAGAAGCCUUACUAUUGCUCUGACUGUGGAAAACGUUUCUCCCGAUUGGAUAACUUAAAAUCACAUGAACGUAUACAUACAGGAGAGAAGCCAUACUCCUGCUCUGACUGUGUAAAAUGCUUCAAAACAUCAACUGAGCUAAAAGUACAUCAGAGAACACACACAGGAGAGAGGCGUUACUACUGCUCUGACUGUGGAAAAUGUUUUAAAACCUCAACUGAGCUAAAACUUCAUCAGAGAACACAUACAGGAGAGAAGCCUUACUUCUGCUCUGACUGUGGGAAGAGUUUCUCCCGAUUGGAUACCUUAAAAACACAUGAACGUAUACAUACAGGAGAAAACCCUUACUCCUGCUCUGACUGUGUAAAAUGCUUCAAAACAUCAACUGAGCUAAAAGUUCAUCAGAAAACACACACAGGAGAGAAGCCUUAUUACUGCUCUCUCUGUGGAAAAUGUUUUAAAACAUCAAAUGAGCUAAAAGUUCAUCAGAGAACACACACAGGAGAGAAGCCUUAUGUCUGCUCUGACUGUGGGAAGAGUUUCUCUCACCAGAGCAACUUAAAAACACACCAACGUAUACAUUAAGGAGAAAAGCCUCAUCAAUUCUCUGACCAGCUAAGAAUAAAGUCACUCCAUCACUUAAUUCUCAUCUCAUAAAAGAAGUUGUAACGUUGAAUUUGAUCAAAUGAAGAAAAUGUAGAACACUCUAUAGUAAUCCUAUUGUUUCUCACUGUGAGAGAACUGUGCAGAGGAAAGGGAGCGUUAUAGAAUGUUAGCCUCUCUUUACUGAUCAGUGUGCACCUUGUUAGUUUUAGUGUACUUUGUUUUGUUAGCUUCUACUAAGAUUUGCACUUAGUGUUGAAUACCCUCUGUGAGGCUUCUCAUUUUGAAAACUAACACUAGUCUGCCAAUUGACAGGGUGGUACUGCUUCCCUCUCAGCCUGGUCUGACUCUGUCUGUGGGGAGAGUGUCAACUGGGCAGCUUAAAAACACACCACCGUUUACAGGUAGGAGAGAAGCCUUACUCCUGCUCUGUGGAGAGGUGGGCGUGUAACUCAAACGUCUAGCCAAAGGCUGCGUGUUUGAAUCUCAUCACGGAGUAUUUUAGCUAAUUAGCAACUUUGCAACUACUUACUACUUUUUAGCUAUUAAUUAGCAUGUUAGCUAACCUUUCCCCUAAACCCAUUUAACUCUACCUUAAACUUCUCACCCCUAACCUAGCUAACAUUAGCAGCAACAACAACUUGGAAUUCGUAACAUGUCAUACAUAUUACAAGUUCGUAACAUAUUGUAUGAAUAGCAAUGCGUAAAAUAACAUACGAAUUGUAAUUCGUAACAUACGAUACGUCCUACAAGUCGUAUUAUACUGAACAACAAUCUAAACGCAACAAUUUCAAAGAUUUACAGUUCGUAUAAGGAAAUCAAUCAAUUGAAAUAAAUAAAUGACGCCCUAAUCUAUGGAUUUCACAUGACUGGGCAGGGGCUCAGCCAUGGGUGGGACUUGGGAGGGCAUAGGCCCACUUGGGAGCCAGGCCCAGCCAAUCAGAAAGAGUUUUUCUCAACAAAAGGUCUUUAUUACAGACAGAAAUACUACUCAGCCCCCCCCCCCCCCAGACAAUCCUGCAGGUGAAGAGGUCCUGGGCUGCCGUGGUUACAUGUGAUCUGCAGUUGUGAGGCCCGUUUGAUUUUCUGCCAAAUUCUCUAAAAGGACGUUACAGGUGGCUUAUCGUAGAGAUAUAAAUAUUGAAUUCUCUGGCAACAGCUCUGGUGGACAUUCCUGCAGUCAUCAUGAAAAUUGCACAUUCCCUGAACUUGAGACAUCUGUGACAUUGUGUUGUGUGGCCUUUUAUUGUCCUCAGCACAAGGUGCACCUGUGUAAUGAUCCUGCUGUUUUAUCAGCUUCUUGAUAUGCCACACCUGUCAGGUGGAUGGAUUAUCUUGACAAAGGCCAAAAUGCUCACUAACAGGGAUAUAAACACAACAUUUGAGAGAAAUAAGCUUUUUGUACAUAUGGAACAUUUCUGGGAUUUUUUAUUUCGGCUCAUGAAACCAACAAUUUACAGUUUUCGUUUAUAUUGUUCAGUUUAUAUUGUUAGGCAAAAUUGUUAGGCAAAAUUGUUAGGCAAAAUAUAAUGUAACCUAACGUAACAUACUAAAUGGAGUGACAUGGAUGUUUUUGUAACAUAUAAUAUGUUUUGCUCUGAGAGCAGGUUGCCCCUCCACAGUAUUCUGUGGGAAUGAGCGUCUUUUUUUUAAAUUAAACCUUUUUUUAACUAGGCAAGUCAGUUAAGAACAAAUUCUUAUUUACAAUGAUGGCCAAGGAACAGUGGAUUAACUGCCUUGUUCAGAGGCAGAAGGACAGAUGUUUAACUUGUCAGCUCGGGGAUUCAAUCUAGCAAACUUGUGGAUACUGGUCCAACACUCUAACCACUUGGCUACCUUCCAUCCCUAACACGUAUCGGAUAGAGAUGGUGUGAUGGUCACUUUUCACCACUAGUUUGGGGGGAUUAUUUUACAACUUGAUUUAAUGAUACACAGUUUAUGAAAUGAAUACGUGUGUUUAUUAAUUGUCUUUAAAACUAGAUUAGUUAUUUUAGUUACAGAUCAAGAAUGUGUUUGGAUAACUGCAUUGAAGCAAACUUUAUUGAUCUGCCAAUGAAAAAUAAAGUUACAUGAAUAUGUA